AAACAAUCGUUAGGUUCAAAUCAUGUUGAUGUUGCUAGGUCGUUAUACAAUCUUGGUAGUGUGUAUCAUAAUACUGGAAACUACGACAAAGCUAUAGAGUUUUACGAAAAAGCUCUGGAAAUUCAAAAACAAACGUUAGGUUCAAAUCAUGUUGUUGUUGCGAGCGCUUUACACAAUCUUGGUAAUGUGUAUCAUAAUACUGGAAAGUACGACAAAGCUAUAGAGUUUUACGAAAAAGCUCUGGAAAUUCAAAAACAAUCGUUAGGUCCAAAUCAUGUUCAUGUCGCUGCGACUUUAAACAAUCUUGGUAUUGUGCUUGAAAAAACUGAAAAGUACGACAAAGCUAUAGAGGUUCACGAAAAGGCUCUGGAAAUUCGAAAACAAUCGUUCGGUCCAAAUCAUGUUAAAGCUGUGGAAAUUCAAAAACAAUCGUUAGGUCCAAAUCACGUUGAUGUCGCUGAUUCUUUAUACUAUCUUGGUUUGGUGUUUUGUGAAACUGGAAACUACAACAAAGCUAUAGAGGUUGACGAAAGGGCUCUGGAAAUUCGAAAACAAUCGUUAGGUUCAACUCAUGUUGAUGUUGCUAGGUCGUUAUACAAUCUUGGUAGUGUGUAUCAUAAUACUGGAAACUACGACAAAGCUAUAGAGUUUUACGAAAAAGCUCUGGAAAUUCAAAAACAAACGUUAGGUUCAAAUCAUGUUGUUGUUGCGAGCGCUUUACACAAUCUUGGUAAUGUGUAUCAUAAUACUGGAAAGUACGACAAAGCUAUAGAGUUUUACGAAAAAGGACUGGAAAUUCGAAUAGAGUUUUGCGAAAAAGCUUUGGAAAUUCAAAAACAAUCGUUAGGUCCAAAUCACGUUGAUGUCGCUGAUUCUUUAUACUAUCUUGGUUUGGUGUUUUGUGAAACUGGAAACUACAACAAAGCUAUAGAGGUUGACGAAAGGGCUCUGGAAAUUCGAAAACAAUCGUUAGGUUCAACUCAUGUUGAUGUUGCUAGGUCGUUAUACAAUCUUGGUAGUGUGUAUCAUAAUACUGGAAACUACGACAAAGCUAUAGAGUUUUACGAAAAAGCUCUGGAAAUUCAAAAACAAACGUUAGGUUCAAAUCAUGUUGUUGUUGCGAGCGCUUUACACAAUCUUGGUAAUGUGUAUCAUAAUACUGGAAAGUACGACAAAGCUAUAGAGUUUUACGAAAAAGGACUGGAAAUUCGAAAACAAUCGUUAGGUCCAAAUCAUGCUGAUGUCGCUGCGUCUUUAAACAAUCUUGGUACUGCGUAUUAUAAAACUGAAAAUUACGACAAAGCUAUAGAGGUUCAUGAAAAAGCUCUGGAAAUUCGAAAACAAUCGUUAGGUCCAAAUCAUGCUUUUGAAAAAACUGGAAAAUACAAUAGAGCUAUAGAGGUUCACGAAAAGGCUCUGGCUAUAGAGUUUUGCGAAAAAGCUUUGGAAAUUCAAAAACAAUCGUUAGGUCCAAAUCACGUUGAUGUCGCUGAUUCUUUAUACUAUCUUGGUUUGGUGUUUUGUGAAACUGGAAACUACAACAAAGCUAUAGAGGUUGACGAAAGGGCUCUGGAAAUUCGAAAACAAUCGUUAGGUUCAACUCAUGUUGAUGUUGCUAGGUCGUUAUACAAUCUUGGUAGUGUGUAUCAUAAUACUGGAAACUACGACAAAGCUAUAGAGUUUUACGAAAAAGCUCUGGAAAUUCAAAAACAAACGUUAGGUUCAAAUCAUGUUGUUGUUGCGAGCGCUUUACACAAUCUUGGUAAUGUGUAUCAUAAUACUGGAAAGUACGACAAAGCUAUAGAGUUUUACGAAAAAGGACUGGAAAUUGACAAAGCUAUAGAGUUUUACAAAAAAGCUCUGGAAAUUCGAAAACACUCGUUAGGUCCAAAUCAUGUUAGAGUGGCUGCGUCUUUUAACAAUCUUGUUUUGGUAUAUUAUGAAACUGGAAAUUACGACAAAGCUAUAGAGUUUUACAAAAAAGCUCUCGAAAUUCGA